AUGGUAAAUCAAUUCGGGUUUUGGGACGGUUUGGAAUGGAAAUGGAGCUUCGUUUGGUCUAGAAGUCUUCGGCCACAAGAUGAACAAGAGCUGAGCACUCUCCUCCUCGUGCUACAGCAUGUCUAUCUCUCAUCAUCUGAUGUUGAUACUCUUAUGUGGGCUCCAAGCAAAUCUGAUACCUUUUCGGUGAAGUCAGUCUCAAUGGAGCUUGCCAAAACCAACUCCCUUCUUGACGCAGGCUGCACCAAAAAAUUAUGGAGGGGUUUGGUUCUUCACAGGAUAGAAAUCUUCACUUGGCUUGUGUUACUUGAAAAAACAAACUCCAAGGCCAAACUUGCAAGAAUUGGGAUAAUCCCAGCAUCCGAAACUCUCUAUGUGCUUUGCUCUCAAUUUGAAGAAGAUGUCAAUCACCUUUUCUUGCAUUUUUCUUUCUCUCAUAAAAUUAGGGCAUGGUGGCUGCAGUUAUGGAAUAUGAAAUGGGUAUUUCUCUUCAGCAUCCGGCUUGCCUUCAAGCAGUGGCAAUCGCUACUACGUGCGCCUUUCAUCAAGAAAGUAUGGUGUGCAGGUUUUUUCAUCAUGAUUUGGUCAAUCUGGAAGGAGAGGAAUGCGAGAUGCUUUAAUCAAGUCGAGUGCAAUGUUGAGCAAGUACAAAACCUCAUUCUCUUGCGGUUAAGCUGGUGGAUAAUCGGUUGGGGUGACCCGUUCCCAUAUUCAUCAACCGACAUUGUAAGAAAUCCUCAAUGUUUAUUAUGGUCCCCCACUCGAAUCAGCAAGCACCUCCUCCACUCAUCUUCAUCCUCUUCAAACUGGUCCCCCCCACCUCUCAACUCACUUAAGUGGAACAUUGACGCCUCACUGAAUGUAACGAACAAUAAAACCGCGAUUGGGGGUGUUCUCCGUGAUCCUGAGGGUUGCUUCAAGUGCUUGUUUUCCAGCCCCAUUCCAUACAUGGAGAUUAAUCAUGUUGAGGUUCUAGCCAUUCAUAGAGCUCUCAAGAUACUCCUCUCAUCUCCUUUUGUGGGAAACUAUGGUCUUGUUGUCGAAUCGGACUCGGCAAAUGCGGUCGCAUGGUGUACAGGAGAAAACAAGGGCCCAUGGAACCUCAACUUCCACAUCAACUUCAUUCGUGGUCUUCUUACUUCAACAGCUAGAUUAUCUCUAGUGUACAAAGGGCGUGAAUCAAAUGUGGUCGCUGACCAACUGGCAAAGCAGGGUCUUUCCUGUCGGGAUGAAUUUGUGGCUUGGCUUUAA